AUGUUCACUUAUUUAUUAUUAAUAAAUGGUAUAAAAAUAAAUCAAAUUCUAAAAGGACGUGUUACGAAUACAACAUCUGGUUUUCAAUCAAAUUGUUCAACAUGUAUUUGUCAAUGUAUCAAAUUCGGUUUAUCAUUAUCAUCAUUGUUUUGUUAUGUCAACUGUUAUACUAACAAUGAUACUUGUCAAGUAAUUAUUUCUGCAUCAAAAUCUAAUCUUGGUAUCGUUAUUGAUCAAACAAGUAUUAUUUACUUUGUUAAUUAUUCUACUUACACAACAACAACAAUUAAACCUUCGACUACAAGUACAAAUUAUGGAAGUUUACUGAUUGCAAAUAUAGUUACUAACAGUAGUUCUACAAGAACAUCAUCAAUCAGCGUAACAUACGCAACUACUAUGACUACAACUAUAACUCCCUGA